CGAAAAUAUGUCAUGCUGAAAAUUUCAAAGAAAGCUUUUCACUUGAUAAGGAGAAGGAGAGAUUUUUCGGUGGAAAAGGAGAGAUCUUUCGACUUUUACAAGGAACCAAGCGCAGAGCUCGUGAGGGGUACCGUUCAGUUGAUGAGCAAGAACAACGUGGGACCUUGCACUCGGGUCUAAAGAUGAAAGACUCAACUGCACAGAGGCAGAGAGAGAGAGAGCGUUAGGAGGCAUGUAGUUGUCUUCACGUAGAAGCCGAGUAUCUUUGGAGGUUGAGGAGGACCCGUUUUAGCUGAAAACUAUGCGAAAUCCGAAAUGGGACCCGACCGAGCCGUAGGAUGUAGGGAUGAUGAUGACCAUCAAACGAAGGAAAAGGACAAAACUUUAAAGAGAAGGGAGUUCUCGCUCACGAAUUUAAUGUCCAUUGACUAGAAAUGACUCGUUCCCAGUUGUUCCAUCCGAAGGAAUUCUGAGAACUUUCGUUGUUGUAUCGACCCCCCCCCCUUGGAAACGGGGGAGAUCCCAGAUUCAAGCUCUCCUCGAGGGGCUCUCCUUUUGACCGUCCUCCAAGCAAGCAUUCCACCAAGCACCGCCUACUCAUCGUCCUCGACCCGCUAAGCGUUGGCGAAAAGUCUCGGUCUUUUUCUGUCAGAUUUUGUGGCGCCUGCUUUGGAAGAGAGCCGGAGAGGGUGUGUGCGCGGAGAUGGCGGCUCUAGGGAACGGGAAUGCGAUCGGAGGAGGAGGGGAUGCGUGGAGGGCGCACGCGGCCCUGGUGAUGGUGCAGCUCGGCUAUGGAGGGUACCACGUGAUCACCAAAUUGGCCCUCAACGUCGGCGUCAAUCAGCUCGUCUUCUGCGUCUUCCGGGACCUCCUCGCUCUCUCGAUCCUCGCCCCCAUCGCCUAUGUCCGCGAGAAAAGGAUGCGGCUUCCGAUGACCAAACGCCUCCUCGUGUCUUUUUUCUUCUUGGGAUUAACUGGGAUUUUUGGCAACCAGUUGUUGUUUCUUAUUGGUCUUAGCUACACAAAUCCAACUUAUGCUGCUGCCAUUCAGCCUGCCAUUCCUGUCUUCACCUUCCUCUUCGCAGUAAUGAUGGGUACAGAAACAGUGAAUUUGCUUAGGAUUGAGGGUCAGGCAAAGGUUGGAGGCACUCUUCUCUGCGUUUGUGGUGCAGUAUUAAUGGUUGUGUUUCGUGGCCCUGCUUUGAUUGGAUACAAGGAAGCAGAUUUUGCUGCACACAGUGAAAUUAUGGCCAGAGGUCAACCGGAGCCUGCGGGAUGGUUCUUAUCCAGCUUCCUGGAGUUUGGGAUUGAAGAUUGGCACCUCGGGAUUCUAUGUUUGAUAGGAAAUUGCAUGUGCAUGGCUGCCUUUCUAGCUAUUCAGGCUCCACUUUUAGCCAAAUAUCCUGCAAGCCUCUCCGUAACGGCAUAUUCAUACUUCUUUGGUGCUGUAUUUAUGGUAACUGUAGCAUUCUUCAUGACAAGCGAGUCAACAGAAUGGAGCCUGACACAAUCGGAGCUUUUUGCCGUCAUCUAUGCUGGAGUAAUUGCAUCAGCCCUUAACUAUGGACUGUUGACAUGGUCAAAUAAGAUCCUUGGACCAUCUCUGGUUGCUUUGUACAAUCCACUUCAACCUGCUGCAUCUGCCUUUCUGUCUAGAAUAUUCCUUGGGAGUCCUAUUUAUUUGGGGAGCAUCUUAGGAGGAGCCCUUAUUAUUGGGGGACUUUAUGUGGUCACCUGGGCAUCCUACAGAGAAACACAGGCCGUGAUUGGGAUUCUUCCUCACGUCGCUCGAUCAUCAGAAUCGCCAGUUCACAAUGAUGGCCCUAUUAACAAGUUAUCUGACCAGAGAGGACUCAUUUUCUCAGGAUCUUCUACAUCAUUACGCAAAGCUUUGGAUUGAUCUCAGACGUCAGGGACGUCGUUGUCAGCAACAGCCUUACAGAUUUUCUAGAUGAAGUACGUAUACGAAGUCCCGGGACAUUUUAGUUGAACUUUGGAAAAGGCUCCCCUUGAACCUGUUGAUCCUGCUAGUGGUGCCCUGCCUACUACCUGUUGCUCUAUAUGAACAUGUUUGGUGGAAGGAAUUGGAGGCUGAAUAGAAUGCAGAGCUGGAGUGCCCGUCGCAAUUUCUGCGUUGGGGAAGGGGGGGAACUUUUGGAGGAGGCUAUCAUUAGGUUACAUAUGUUAUGCCGAGAAACUAGUUGUUGGAAAACAUGUUUCUUAUCCGUUUGGCAUUGUUGAAGAAGACGAGAGAAAUAAAAAUCGUGCUUAAAUUCUAGAAAA